AUGUUCUCCAACUCCAACAAAGUGACGGCUGUCUGUGUGGCGAUGAUGAUGAUGAUGAUGAUGAUGAUGAUGACCACAGAGGCAGCAGCCAUGCCCAAAGCAGGCGGCCAUUCGAAACACUCAGCGAGGACACACAGGAAGUCCUCUGACGGCGCGGUGGUAGAGACGGUUCCUCUGCAGCUGGACCCCAGCGCUUUGGUUGUUUCCAGAUCCAUCAGGCCGCUGCAGAACGCCUCCAUCUCCCCGUGGACCUACAACAUCUCCCGGGACGACUCCCUGUUCCCCCCGGUGCUGGCGGAGGCCCGCUGUCUGCUGAGAGGCUGUCUGGACUCGGAGGGCCGGGAGAACCUGAACCUGGAGUCCAGACCCAUCAUGCACCAGGUUCUGCUGCUGCGCCGGGUCAAGUCGACGGGGGCGGGGUCAGAGGCGGGGCAUAGCUACCACUACCGGCUGGAGACCCGCCUCAUCGCCGUGGGCUGCACCUGCAUCCGACCCGUCGUCAAACACCAGGUCGUCAAACACCAAGACUGA